AUGCCGAAGCCCGUUGCCCAAGUGGGCGAGGACCCCGAUCCGACCCCAUACUUGUUCGUCUCUCUGGAACAGAAACGUAUCGACCAGAGCAAGCCGUACGAUGGCAAAAAGGCAUGCUGGGUGCCUGAUGAAAAGGAGGGCUUCCUUCAGGGCGAAAUCAAGGCUACCAAGGGUGAACUGGUGACCGUCAUCCUUCCGGGUGGCGAGACCAAAGACUUCAAGAAAGAUCUUGUUGCUCAAGUCAACCCACCUAAGUACGAGAAAUGCGAGGAUAUGUCCAACUUGACAUACCUCAACGACGCUUCUGUUUUGUAUAACUUGAAGCAGAGAUAUUACCACCAACUUAUUUACACGUACUCGGGUCUCUUCUGUGUCGCCAUCAACCCUUACAAGAGAUUCCCCGUGUACACGACAAGAUGUGCCAGGCUUUACCGUGGAAAGCGCCGUUCGGAAGUGCCACCCCACAUCUUCGCCAUCUCCGACGGUGCCUACGUCAACAUGUUGACCAACCACGAGAAUCAAUCUAUGUUGAUUACCGGUGAGUCUGGUGCCGGAAAGACUGAGAACACGAAGAAGGUAAUUGCGUAUUUCGCCACCGUCGGUGCUUCUCAAAAGAAGGACCCAUCCCAGGAGAAGAAGGGAUCUCUGGAAGACCAGGUCGUCCAGACUAACCCUGUGCUUGAAGCCUUUGGUAACGCCAAGACCGUCCGUAACGACAACUCUUCUCGUUUCGGUAAAUUCAUCCGUAUCCACUUCGGGCCAUCUGGUAAACUGGCUGGAGCUGAUAUCGAAACUUAUCUGCUUGAGAAGGCCCGUGUCAUCUCCCAGCAGACUCUUGAACGUUCUUACCACAUCUUCUACCAGAUGAUGUCUGGCUCCGUACCUGGACUUAAGGAGAUGUGUUUGCUGUCAAACGACAUCUAUGACUAUUACAUCGUAUCACAAGGAAAAACUACCAUCCCCAACGUAGACGAUGGCGAGGAAUGUACUUUAACUGACGGCAAGACCUCUAUUCCUGGUGUCGACGAUGGCGAGGAAAUGAGGCUUACCGAUCAAGCUUUCGACAUCCUGGGUUUCACCCAGGAGGAGAAGGACAACGUAUACAAGAUCACCGCCGCUGUCAUGCACAUGGGUUGCAUGAAGUUCAAGCAGAGGGGUCGCGAGGAACAGGCUGAAGCUGACGGUACCGAUGAUGGUAUUAAAGUUGCUACUCUCCUCGGUGUGGAUGUAGCAGACUUAUACAAGAACUUGCUCAAGCCCCGCAUCAAGGUCGGAAACGAGUUUGUCACUCAGGGUCGUAACAAGGACCAGGUUACCAACUCCGUCGGUGCUCUUUGCAAGGGUAUGUUCGAUCGUCUCUUCAAAUGGCUGGUCAAGAAGUGUAACGAGACUCUCGACACCAAACAAAAGAGGCAACAUUUCAUUGGUGUACUGGAUAUCGCUGGUUUCGAAAUCUUCGACUUCAACGGUUUCGAGCAACUCUGCAUUAACUUCACCAAUGAAAAGCUGCAGCAGUUCUUUAACCACCACAUGUUUGUACUCGAACAAGAGGAGUACAAGAGGGAAGGCAUUAAUUGGGCCUUCAUCGAUUUCGGGAUGGACUUGCUUGCUUGUAUCGAUCUGAUCGAGAAGCCUAUGGGUAUCCUCUCCAUUCUUGAGGAAGAGUCUAUGUUCCCCAAAGCCACCGAUCUAACCUUCGUUGAGAAGUUGAACAACAACCACUUGGGCAAGUCUGCCCCGUACCUGAAGCCUAAACCUCCCAAGCCAGGUUGCCAAGCCGCUCACUUCGCUAUUGGUCACUACGCCGGUAAUGUCGGUUAUAACAUUACUGGAUGGCUUGAGAAGAACAAGGACCCUCUUAACGACACUGUCGUUGAUCAGUUCAAGAAGGGACAGAACAAACUCUUGAUUGAAAUCUUUGCUGACCAUCCUGGUCAGUCUGGUGAUGCUAGCGGUGGUGGCGGUGGCAAGGGUGGCAAGCGCGCUAAGGGUUCUGCCUUCCAGACUGUAUCAUCACUCUACAGGUUGCUUGUCAAUGUGCGUCCAAUAGGUGGCCGCGGUAAGAAGGGAGGUGGUUUCGCCACUGUGUCUUCCGCUUACAAGGAACAACUUAACAACUUGAUGACAACGCUGAGGUCUACCCAACCUCACUUCGUGCGUUGUAUUAUCCCCAACGAGUUGAAACAGCCUGGUCUUAUCGACUCUCACCUUGUAAUGCACCAGCUGACCUGUAACGGUGUGCUUGAAGGCAUCCGUAUUUGCCGUAAAGGUUUCCCCAACAGGAUGGUCUACCCUGACUUCAAGCUCCGUUACAUGAUUCUUGCGCCCGCCACCAUGACUGCUGAAAAAGAUCCUAAAGAGGCGGCUAGGAAGUGUUUGGAGGAAGUGGGUCUUGAUCCCGAAAGCUAUCGUAUUGGCCACACAAAGGUAUUCUUCCGCGCCGGUGUCCUGGGUCAGAUGGAAGAGUUGCGUGACGACAGAUUGUCGAAGAUUGUCUCCUGGCUCCAGGCUUACAUCCGUGGUUACCUGUCCCGUAAGGACUACAAGAAGCUGCAGGAACAGAGGUUGGCUCUCCAAGUUGUCCAGCGCAACUUGCGCAAGUACCUGCAACUUCGCACCUGGCCCUGGUGGAAACUGUGGCAGAAGGUCAAGCCUCUCCUCAACGUCACUCGUAUCGAGGAUGAGAUUGCUGCUCUCACUGAGAAGGCACAAAAAGCUCAGGAGGCUUUCGAGAAGGAAGAGAAGCUCCGCAAAGAAGUUGAAAGCCUUAACGCCAAAUUGCUCGAAGAGAAGCAGGCUCUGCUUUCUUCCAUCGAAGGCAAGGAGGGCAACCUCUCCGAGAUCCAGGAACGCGCUGCAAAACUCAAUGCCCAGAAGGCUGAUCUCGAGAUCCAGCUUAGGGACACCCAGGACCGCCUUACUCAGGAGGAAGAUGCCCGUAACCAACUCUUCCAGGCUAAGAAGAAGUUGGAACAGGAAGUCUCUGGACUGAAGAAGGAUGUUGAGGACUUGGAACUUUCUGUCCAGAAAUCCGAACAGGAUAAGGCUACCAAGGACCACCAGAUCCGCAACUUGAACGACGAGAUCGCCCACCAGGACGAGCUCAUCAACAAGUUGAACAAGGAAAAGAAACUCCAGGGUGAAUCUAACCAGAAGACCUCUGAAGAACUCCAGGCCGCUGAGGACAAGGUCAACCACCUCAACAAGGUUAAGCAGAAGUUGGAGCAGACCCUUGACGAGCUCGAGGACUCUCUUGAGCGCGAGAAGAAACUUCGCGCUGAUGUUGAGAAGAACAGGAGGAAGGUUGAGGGAGACCUCAAGCUUACUCAAGAGGCCGUCUCUGACCUCGAGAGGAACAAAAAGGAGCUUGAACAGACCAUCCAGCGCAAAGACAAGGAAAUCUCAUCCCUCACUGCCAAACUUGAGGAUGAGCAAUCUCUUGUCAGCAAACUGCAGAAACAGAUCAAGGAACUGCAAGGACGCAUUGAGGAGCUCGAGGAGGAAGUUGAAUCUGAACGCCAGGCUCGCGCUAAGGCUGAGAAGCAGCGUGCUGACCUUGCUCGCGAACUCGAAGAGUUGGGUGAACGUCUGGAAGAGGCUGGCGGUGCUACCUCUGCCCAGAUUGAGCUCAACAAGAAGCGUGAGGCUGAGCUCAGCAAGCUCCGCCGUGACCUGGAGGAAGCCAACAUCCAGCACGAGUCUACCCUCGCCAACCUGCGCAAGAAGCACAACGAUGCCGUUUCCGAAAUGGGUGAGCAGCUCGACCAGCUCAACAAGCUCAAGGCCAAGGCUGAGAAAGAACGCUCUCAGUACUUUAGCGAAGUCAAUGACCUUCGUGCAGGUGUCGACCACUUGUCCAACGAAAAGGCUGCUCAAGAGAAGAUUGUUAAGCAACUGCAACACCAACUCAACGAAGUUCAGAGUAAGGCUGAUGAGGCCAACAGGACCCUCAAUGACCUGGAUGCCGCUAAGAAGAAGCUGUCUAUUGAGAACUCCGACCUCCUUCGCCAGUUGGAAGAGGCCGAGUCCCAGGUGUCUCAGCUCUCCAAGAUCAAGGUGUCCCUUACCACUCAGUUGGAGGACACCAAGAGGCUCGCUGACGAGGAAGCCAGGGAACGCGCUACCCUCCUUGGCAAGUUCCGCAACUUGGAGCAUGACCUCGAUAACAUCCGCGAACAGGUCGAAGAGGAAGCCGAGGGCAAGGCUGAUCUGCAGCGCCAACUGUCCAAGGCCAACGCCGAGUCCCAGCUCUGGCGUUCCAAGUACGAAUCCGAGGGUGUUGCCCGCUCCGAGGAACUCGAGGAGGCCAAGCGCAAGCUCCAGGCUCGCCUUGCAGAGGCCGAGGAAACCAUUGAGUCCCUCAACCAGAAGGUUGUUGCACUUGAGAAGACCAAACAGCGUCUCGCCACUGAGGUUGAGGACCUGCAACUUGAGGUCGACCGUGCUACUGCCAUCGCCAACGCUGCUGAGAAGAAGCAGAAGGCCUUCGACAAGAUUAUUGGAGAAUGGAAACUCAAGGUCGACGACCUCGCCGCCGAGCUUGAUGCCAGCCAGAAGGAAUGCCGCAACUACUCUACCGAACUCUUCCGUCUCAAGGGUGCCUACGAAGAAGGCCAGGAGCAGCUUGAGGCUGUGCGCCGUGAGAACAAGAACCUCGCCGACGAAGUCAAGGACUUGCUUGACCAGAUCGGUGAAGGUGGCCGCAACAUCCACGAGAUUGAGAAGGCAAGGAAGCGCCUUGAAGCUGAGAAGGAUGAGCUCCAGGCCGCCCUUGAGGAGGCUGAAUCCGCUCUUGAACAAGAGGAGAACAAGGUCCUGCGUGCGCAACUUGAGCUGUCUCAGGUCAGACAGGAGAUCGACAGGCGUAUCCAGGAGAAGGAGGAAGAAUUCGAGAACACUCGCAAGAACCACCAGCGUGCCCUCGACUCCAUGCAGGCUUCCCUCGAAGCUGAGGCUAAGGGCAAGGCUGAGGCCCUGCGCAUGAAGAAGAAGCUUGAAGCUGACAUUAACGAACUGGAAAUUGCCCUCGACCACGCCAACAAGGCUAACGCUGAGGCCCAGAAGAACAUUAAGCGCUACCAGGCCCAGAUCAAGGACCUCCAGACCGCCCUUGAGGAGGAACAGCGCGCCCGCGAUGAUGCACGUGAACAGCUUGGCAUCUCUGAGCGCCGCGCUAAUGCUCUCCAGAACGAACUUGAGGAGUCGCGUACUCUGCUUGAACAGGCUGACCGCGCCCGCCGUCAAGCUGAACAGGAACUCGGUGACGCUCACGAACAGCUUAACGAGCUGUCCGCCCAGAGCGCCUCCCUGUCUGCUGCCAAGAGGAAACUCGAGUCUGAGCUGCAGACCCUCCACUCCGACCUCGAUGAACUCCUCAAUGAGGCUAAGAACUCUGAAGAGAAGGCCAAGAAGGCUAUGGUUGACGCUGCACGUUUGGCUGACGAGCUCCGCUCUGAACAGGAGCAUGCUCAGACCCAGGAGAAACUACGCAAAGCCCUUGAACAACAGAUCAAGGAACUACAAGUCAGGCUGGACGAGGCCGAGGCUAACGCACUCAAAGGAGGCAAAAAGGCUAUUCAGAAGCUCGAACAGAGAGUUAGGGAGCUCGAGAACGAACUUGACGGUGAACAGAGAAGGCACGCUGAUGCCCAGAAGAACCUCCGCAAAUCAGAGAGGCGUAUCAAGGAGCUCACCUUCCAGGCUGAGGAGGACCGCAAGAACCACGAACGUAUGCAGGACCUGGUUGACAAACUGCAACAGAAGAUCAAGACCUACAAGAGGCAGAUCGAGGAGGCGGAAGAAAUUGCCGCCCUCAACUUGGCUAAGUUCCGCAAGGCACAGCAGGAGUUGGAGGAGGCUGAAGAAAGAGCAGACCUUGCCGAGCAGGCCAUCAGCAAAUUCCGUGGCAAAGGACGUGCGGGUUCCGCCGCGAGAGGAGUCAGUCCGGCGCCCCAGCGCCCGCGUCCCACCUUCGCUGACGGCUUCGGCACCUUCCCACCAAGGUUCGACCUGGCGCCUGAAGAUUUCUAA